AUGGGGGAAUUUCAGGAGUGCUUAUUAGACAGUGGUUUGGAUGAUUUAGAAACACGAGGAGUAUUUUUCUUUUGGUGUAAUGGAAGGCCAGAAGAUCCAAUACUAAGGAAAUUAGAUAAAGCUUUCGGCAAUGACGAGUGGAAAAGGUUCCCAGAGGUUGUAGCAAUGUUUGAGGCGCCAGGAGAUUCAGAUCAUGCUUCGUGUGUAGUUGAUUUUGACAUCGUUCCUGAAGUUAGGAAACGAGCUUCAACAUGGAGUGAGAGUAUCCUUACGGGUUCUAAGAUGUUUUCUCUAAAGCAGAGACUGAAAGCGGCGAAGAAGGCUUGCAGAGAAAUAAACAGAGUGGGGUUUGCGAAUAUUCAGCAAAAGGCAAAAGAGGCUAUGUUGAGUCUCAAAAGUAUCCAGGAGAGUUUGCUGACAGCACCUACAUAUUCUUUAUUCCGAGAAGAGUUUGUGGCAAGAAAGAAAUGGAAUUUCUUUGAGGCGGCUCAAAAUAUUUUCUUCAGCAGGAAAUCUAGAGUCAGAUGGCUGAAAGAUGGAGAUGCUAAUACCAAGUUCUACUAUAACUCGGUGAUAGCUCAUCAAGCGAGAAGCGCGAUUAGGUAUCUGGUUGAUGCGCAGGGAGUGAAAAUCACUAACAAAGCUCAGAUUAAAGACAUGGUGAUGUCUUUUUUUCAGAAUUUGCUUGGUGCGGUUAAUGGAGAAGUAGUUCCGUUGUCUGUGGAAGAGCUAAGAGGGAUGACUACUUUUCGCUGCUCAGAAGGUAUUAGGGAGGCUUUGAUUGCGAUUCCCUCUGAGGAAGAGAUAAAAGGUAUCUUUUUCUUUAUGCCGAAGAGUAAAGCUCCAGGGCCUGAUAGUUUUCCUAUGGAGUUUUUUUGGGAAGCUUGGAGCAUAGUGGGAAGUGAUGUGGUUCAGGCAGUGAAGGAGUUUUUUCAAAGUGGCAGGAUGUUGAAAGGGUUCAAUGAGACAGCCAUAUCGCUCAUCCCGAAGGUAAUAGCCAGGGCAAUGAAGAAAAAGCUUCAGCUAGUGGUGGAAGAUAUAGUGCAGAGGAAUCAGGUAGGGUUUAUCCAGAAGAGGCUUCUAUGUGAAAAUGUGUUACUAGCCUCUGAGUUGGAAUGUAUUACUACUCCAACAUACUCGGUGAUUGUAAAUGGCAAGAUGAAUGGCCACUUUCAAGGAAGGAAAGAGUUGAGGCAAGGAGAUCCUAUUUCGUCACUCUUGUUUGUAAUGGCAAUGGAUGUGCUCUCAAAGAUGUUAGAUAAAGGAGCGAUGAAUCAGGUGUUUAAGCCGUAUCCAUCAUGUGAAGCCCCUCUCAUCACCCAUCUUAGCUUUACUGAUGAUGUAUUGAUCUUCUUCGACGGUUCCAAGGAGUCUCUUACUGGCAUCAUGAGUAUACUCUAG